AUGAAUCAGAAGCGGAGUGGUCACCUGGCUCGAAGGAGGGCCAUCAUCCAGGGCAUCCCUGGCUUCUGGGCACGCGCCAUCCUGAAUCACCCCCAGUUAUCAGCUGUGAUAGGUGACCAGGACACAGACAUGCUCAGCUACAUGACCAAUUUAGAGGUGGAGGAACUGGGUCGUCCCAAGUACCGCUGCAGGUUGAUGUUUUACUUUGGGAGCAACCCCUACUUCCAGAACGACGUGAUCGUUAAGGAGUAUCACCUUCGGGAGCGGGACAGCUCCCGUGUAGAGCCUGGUCUUAAGGGGUCCUCGGUCCGGGCCAUUUCAGGGACCACAGUGGAUUCCUCUACGCUUGUGGCAUUUGGAGUGGAGCCAUGGCGCAGAGCCAUGCAUCCACCGCGGAUUCAGGAGACGGAGCUGAAGAAGACCUGUGAGAGGGUACAGAAGAAGCCGUGGCCUCAAGAAUCGGUAUGGAACUGCCGGCAUACGUUGAGGAUGUAG